UGGCUCCUGGAGGUCUCUCAAAGCACACCCGAGAACGACAACUGAAGCUACGGAUGGCUGUUGACCGUCUAGGGGCGAGACACAACAAGACAAAAACGAUAGUUUUCACGACGUACUACAAUACGUCGGACGUUCGUCGUUAUUGUUUCCACGCUGCCUGGAGGAUAUUUACUUGUCCUGAAGACACACCAGUGACUGCAGUGCUGCAAAGCAUCUUUGCAAUAGGCGAAAACGUCAAUCUUUGUGGCACAGUCUCCUGUCGUUGUUGUAGCAAGCUUCCAUUCCUUUCUCAGCUCCCACUGGUGUGGCUUAUCUUCUCUUCUAUGCCCUGCGGAAUGAACCCUGCAUAAG